UAAUCCUGCGUACUACGUGCUUAAAUCCUUCCGGUCGAAACCCAAGCUACAAUGGCGUCGUCCAACAAGGCCUGCGCCGCCGCCCUCCUCCUGCUACUGGCCCUCGUCGCGGCCACGGCGGCCGACGCGGCAAAGAGCAUCGCGUCGGAGCCCACCGUCACCCCGUGGACGGCGGAGGUGGACGAGUCGGCGACGUGCAUGGGGUCGCUGCUGGCGCUGAGCCCGUGCCUGCCCUUCUUCAGGGACGCGGGCACGUCCAAGGCGCCGGCGGGGUGCUGCGAGGGCCUGGGCGACAUCGUCCAAGACCAGCCGGCGUGCCUGUGCCACAUCUUCAACCACACCCUGGAGCGGGCCAUCGGCGUCGACAUCCCCGUCGACCGCGCGCUCGGCCUCCUCAGCAACGUCUGCGGCCGCACCCCGCCGGAGGACCUCAUGACCAGUUGCGGCGACGGCGUCCCCGUGCCGCCGCUUGUAAGACAAUAUGCUUUGGGGGGAACCGGCACAACCCUCUAGGGGUGGCCUAUCACAUAUAUAUAUAAUGAGGUGGUAUACAACGUUACAAUA